GAUGCACUAAAUCAUAAUCAGUGGCUUCAUCUAGCUUGCCAUGGAAUGCCACAUCGGACGCAAUCGUUCGACUCUUCCUUCGCAAUGCGCGAUGGGCCGUUGAUGAUCAAGGAAAUCAUCCGGUCCAACUGGCAGAACCUGGAGUUUGCAUUCUUAUCGGCUUGCCACACAACCGUGGGCCAUGAAAAGAGUCCCGACGAGGCGAUACAUCUCGCUGCGGCGAUGCAAUUCUCUGGAUUUCGCAGUGUGAUAGGUUCCAUGUGGUCUGUCGACGAUGAGGUUGCACGACAGGUUGUGUCCGUUUUUUACGACAAACUGGUCGAUGGCUCAGGGAGAUUGGACUGCACACGGGCUGCGGUAGCGUUGCACAAGGCUGUGAAAUCGUUGCGCAAGAAGAUUCCACUAGAACAACAGAUCGUGUUUGUCCACAUAGGUCUCUAGUUUGAUUGAUUCGUCAUGUUAUCGCAUUCUAUGUUAUCCUGAUUGCUUUCAUUACCCUGUUGUCCCACCUAGAUCCCAGUUAUCCAAAUUAUGUCUGCACGAUACUCUGUUUUUUUUUCCGUUGUGUACAAGUACAAUGUUAGCCACAAUGAAACCGA